UGAAUUGAAACUCCUUAAGAAAUUGCAAAUAAAUAUGGAAGUUAAAGAAGAAAAUGACACAACUGCUCUGCCGCCUGCAUUAAAAUAUGAAGAAAAUGGCGAAGACCAUCCAAAUUUAGAGGAAAAAUCACCAGACACUAGCAAGGCAACAGCGACGGCAACAAAAAAACCCAAAAGCAAAGGCAAGGCUCGCAAUGCUGUAGCAGGGGGUGAUAACAUGGACGCAGAUUUAAAGAAGCUGACGCAGCGCCGAAUUAAUGUAGCCGGUGCACCCAAAAUGCCGCUUAAUGGCUACGUGAGAUUCAUGAAUGAUCGCCGCGAGCAGUUGCGUUGUGAGUUGCCGAAUCUGACAGCGCUGGAACAUACAAAAAUGAUUGGUCUGGAGUGGCAUCAACUGACUGAAGACCGUAGGACACCAUAUCUGGAGGCGGCGGCCAAGGAUAAGGCUUUAUAUCAAGAACAAAUGCAAAAAUUUUUUAAGGAGCAUCCCGAAAUUGUGGCCAACGAGUUGGCCAAGGCUAAAAAGGUGGAUAACAAAAAUGCAAGCAUAGCCAAGGAGAAACCCAACAACAACAACAACAAUGGUGAAGUGGCUAAAAAAACAAAUAUCAAAACAUCACCCAGUGAGCCUAUGCUGGCAACUGUGGUGGAGCCUAAGCCAGAAGUAAUACGCACACCCACACCGCCAGCGCUUAAUGUCAGCGCCUUGACACGCCCAUUUACGGGUGAAAUACCCAUAUACACAAACGAGUUCAUAGAACAUAAUCGCAGCACAGAAAACGAAUUGCGUAUGCUGCGCAAGGCUAAAACUGAUUUAGAGCAGCAAAAUGCAGUGCUGGAGCAGCAUGUGGACAAUACAAAGGCUGGUCUAGCCAAGGUAACGGGUGAAGUGACCGAGCUAAAGGAAGAACAUAUGCGUUUGGAAAAGUAUCUAAGAAAUUUAAGACAAAAAUUGGUAGCGGCGCUAGGUGGACUGGCUCUCACGCCGCCGCCGCACGAGCCUAGUGAACUAAAUAUGGAAAAUGUAGACAAGUACAUACAGCAUCUUUCUGGCUGGAUUAAUACUACAGCUGCACAACAAAACAAUGCCAUGCUAGUCAAAGUAGCAGAAUCCCUAAGCAAAAUUGACACUGCCAGUUUACAAAAAUCAUAAAUAAUGUAUAUUAUAGUUUAGUUUUAAUCUUAGCUAAGCAUAAGUUAAGUUCAGCUGUGUAGUAUUAUAUGCGAAUAAACC